AUGCACACGUUUUCUAAACAGCUCGGCAUAUUCGUUUUUGUGCUUACGGUAAUCGUGAGUUAUGUACAGGCACAAGGAUAUUAUACAAUAGCAGCACCCGGCUCUAUACGGCCCAACUCUAAAUACACCACACAUGUGAGUGUAUCAGAUGUGCCGAUGAAUGCGAAAAUCGGAAUUACUCUAAAAGGACCACAAAAUUACAUAGAGUUUACAGAAAUCGAUGUGCCGUCGAACUCUGUGCGCAGUGUAACAUUUGACUUGGCCAAUAUUGCAAUGGGCACAUACACUUUAGAAGCCAAGGGGCUGUCGGGAAUUCUCUUCGAAAAUGCAACGAAUUUGGAAUUUGUAGACAAUUUGCCGCGGGCAUACUUGCAAACUGAUAAGGCAAUGUAUAAACAUGGAGAGACGAUACAGUUCCGUGUAAUAUUCUUAGAUCAGUAUUUAUUACCGGCGAAGGUCAACCAACCCCUAUCUGUGCUAAUGAAGGAUUCUGAGAAUAAUCGCAUUCAGCGUUUUAGUGAUAUUGUACUCAAUACUGGCGUCUUCAAGGGAAAACUAAAAUUAGCUGAGUCUGUCGUCUCGGGUAUGUGGUCUAUGGAGGUUUUUCAAGGAGAUAUCAAGUUGGCAGAAAAAGUUUUUGAAAUUAAAGAAUAUGAGCUGCCCUUAUUUGAGGUGGAAUUGGAUGCACCCAGUCAUGUGUCUUUUAAUCAGGAAUCGUUUCUUGUAACAGUACGGGCGCACUACACUUUUGGCAAACCUAUAUCGGGAAACUGUCUAUUAAAGAUCAUCUCAAAGGGAGAGCGACCUCCCAUCGAACGGGAAUUUCCACUGAUUGAUGGAAAAAAAGAACUGUCUCUUCAACUAAGUGAAUUUGGCAAGAAAAUUCAGAGGAUCCAAAUAAAUGCCACCAUAGAAGAUACUGUCACCUUAACCCAGCGUACAGUUUCGAAAACAGUGAGUAUUUUGGCCAAACGUUAUUUAAUCGACACACCGUCAAUGGCGCACGAAUGUGAUGGGCCAAGCGACACAUUCACCUAUCGUGCGCGUAUUACACACCUCAAUGCAACGCCGGUUGAUGUCGAUGAAGAAAUUUAUGUGAAACUCGAUGUGGACGUGAAUGAAGAACCUUCGAAAAUUGUUAGUUAUGCCGAUGAAAAUGGUGAUGUUGAAGCGGAAAUUACGUGUUCAAACUACACUAAUGUCAAUAUAACGAUCGAAUAUAAUGGAGAAACAUCGUUGGGGGAAAUUAAGCUCUCUCAACGAAGUAAUGGCAGUCAAGGUGGAGUCUACGUGAAAACGCAAAAUCCAACGGUGGGUAGCCCUAUGGAAAUACGUCUGGUAGCGCAUGAAUCAUUUUCUAGCUUUGUUUUUGUGAUUGUUGGACGUGGCAAUAUCGUUUAUAAUAAUGUCAUACAAGUGCCCAGCGGCGGCAGCACCCAAACGCAUCAAUUCUCUAUUACACCAACACAUGAAAUGAUGCCAAAAGCGCAUAUUUUUGCUUAUUUUUUCAAAAAUGGCAAAAUGUUCUAUUACGAGACUACAUUUUCAGUAGAAAAGCAAUUUGAAAAUAGUAUUUCCAUUGACACACCUGAAACCGUUAAACCUGGUAGUUUUAUUUCUAUAACUGUGGAUACCGAUCCUAACUCAUAUGUUGGCUUGCUGGGCAUGGAUAAGAGUGUUUUAUUGCUUAGGUCUGGUAAUGAUUUUGAUGCCGAAACGAUACUCAAUGGUUUGGAAACUGUGGUAACAAAAACGCCAGACGCCUAUUUGCCGCCAAACAGCAGCUAUCCUGGCGAAAUUGCCGGUCUCGUAACAAUGACUAAUGCACACUACGAUGCAGAGCUAACACAAACUGCAAUCGAUAUCAGAGCCAGAGCUGCAGCACCUAAGAAACGUGUUCGUCGAAAUUUCUUUGAAACUUUUGCCUUCGAUGAUUUUAUGAGUGUCGAUGGUCAGGAUACAGUCGUGGAGAAAGUACCAGACACCAUUACAUCGUGGGUGAUUACGGGAUUUUCAAUCAACCCGAAAACUGGAUUUGCACUCACAUCAAGUCCAACAAUUUUGCGAACAUAUUUGGAAUUCUUUGUUACAGUUAAUUUGCCCUAUGCCGUAAAAAUAGGUGAAAUAAUUACACUACCUGUAGUAGUUUUCAACUAUCUACAUACAGACACGCGUGCCAGUGUCUCCAUGGAAAUUGAAAAUGAUGAAUUUGAAUUCGUUUCGAAAUUAAGUGAAACAAAGUACACCAUUUCUACGCAUGUGGGUCGCGAAAAAACUAAAACCGUACAUUUUGCAAUACGUCCAAAAGUGACGGGCAUGAUAACUCUAAGAAUAUCGGCAGAAUGUCCUUUCGCCAGCGAUGCGAUCAUUAAACAGCUGCGGGUAGAGUACGAAGGUACCACAAUAUGGAAAAAUAUGGACUUCUACAUUAAUGGAGAAGAGAGUAAAACGGUUCAAUUGAAUGUACCACAAAAUAGCGUACCAGGCUCUGAACAUAUUGAAAUAUCGGUUAUGAACUUUUUAAUGGGCUCUAUGCUGAAUUUAAUCAAUAGCGGUGAGAAUUUCGAUCGACUUAUUAGGAGUCCCACCGGUUGUGGCGAACAAAAUAUGAUUUAUUCGGUGCCGAAUUUAUUGGUGUUGAAAUAUUUACAGAGCACCUCGAUAACGAAUAAAACGCUUUUCGAACAAGCCAAAAGUUACCUCGAAAUUGGUUACCAGCGUGAACUUACCUACAAACUUACGGAUGGUUCGUUUAGUACUUGGGGUCGUAAGCCCGGCAUUACUUGGCUAACGGCAUAUGUGACGCGCAUAUUUAGCGAAGCCAAAUCAUAUUGUUUCGUCGACGAUAGUGUCCUCAAACGCGGAUUCGAGUUUUUAGCCAGCAAACAAGAGGCAGACGGAAGCUUCAGAGAAGAUGGCCGACUAUUGGAUUUCGCGAAUCUUGACAAAUUGAGUGUAACUGCAUCUGUGCUACUUGCCUUUCUUCAAAAUCAACAACAUACAACAGAAAAAUAUGAAAAUAUUGUGAACAAGGGUUUAGAAUAUGUGAAAAAUAAUGUGAAGCAAAGUAGCGACAUGCGUUCAAUUGCUUUGUCUUUCUACGUAUUGCAAUUGUGUGAAGAUCCUAUGGUCACUGAGCUACUAAAAAUAUUGGAAGGAAAAGCAAAGACCAGCGGUAAUUACAAAUGGUGGCAAUAUGCUGAGCAGCCACGUAAUAUUGAUGUUUAUGUAACGGGUUAUAUACUAUUGACAUUGAUGGAAUUGAAAAAACCAAUUGCACCAAUUAUCAAAUGGUUAGUGUUGAAGCGAAAUAGUAAUGGUGGAUUUGCGUCGACCUUCGAAACUGAGGUGGGACUGCGCGCCUUGGCCACCUAUGCCGCCAAGUACAAGGAAAUGGAUAAUAAUUUGAAGAUAGAUGUGCAUGCGCAAGGGCAACUGCUACAAACUUUCGAAGUUGGUGAAAACAGUACAGAUCUUAACAAAAAAAUUCAGCUUCCCAAGCAUAUACGAGAAUUAGAAUUCAACUCAAUUGGCAAGGGCAAAGCAACUUUACAAAUUAAUUAUCGCUACAAUAGCUUGAUACCUGAGAAAACCGUUUUCGAAGUAAACUCCUCGAUCUCCAAUCCAUCGGCUAUAAGAAAAACAUUAGAAAUCUGCGCACAUUUACAUUCCAUUCAUGUGGAACGCACUGGCAUGGCGGUUAUGGAAGUGAACUUGCCGACUAGCGAACAGGUAGCGCCUAAUUGCUGCAACCUCAGCUAUACCAAGCGAACAAAGAUGAUAAAACGGUCAAAAUCGAAUCAAAAACUGGACAUUUACUUCGAGGGAUUCUCAAAGGAUUCUAGUGAUUGUCUACAUAUACCAAUGGUGAAAGUUUAUAAUGUAACAAAUCAAAAAGCUGGUUCAAUUGUUAUUUAUGAUUACUAUAAGAAAAAUUCUAUGGAUAAAUACGUUUAUGAACUUUAG